CCAUUUCUCUUCCUAUAUAAAACGUCGCAUAUAUAAUCGCUCUAAAUCCUCUCCACCAGGGUUUGUGGCCAUUUUUCACAGAGAGAGACCUCAAUCGGAAUCAAUGGCUCCCAGGAAGACACCACAGGUAACCAGAAACCCAGAUCUAGUCCGAGGAAUCGGCAAGUACUCGAGGUCGCAGAUGUACCACAAGAGAGGUUUGUGGGCUAUCAAGGCCAAAAACGGCGGUGUUUUUCCUAAACAUGCCCCUAAAGCUAAAGCACCUACCUCUGCCGAGAAACCACCUAAGUUUUACCCAGCUGAUGAUGUCAAGAAGCCAUUGCCUAACAAGCGCAAGCCGAAGCCCACCAAGCUCAGGGAUAGUAUUACUCCUGGGACUGUGUUGAUCAUUCUUGCUGGAAGGUUCAAGGGCAAGAGAGUUGUGUUUCUCAAGCAACUGACUUCUGGGCUGCUUCUUGUCACUGGACCAUUUAAGAUCAACGGUGUUCCUCUUAGGAGAGUCAACCAAUCUUAUUUGAUUGCAACUUCCACCAAGGUUGACAUCUCUGGGGUUAAUGUGGAGAAGUUCGAUGACAAAUAUUUUGCCAAGAAGGCUGAGAAGAAGAAGAAGAAAGGAGAGGGCAACUUCUUUGAGGCAGAGAAAGAGGGUGAGAAUGCACUCCCACAAGAAAAGAAGGAUGACCAGAAGUCAGUGGAUGCGCAAGUCAUUAAAUCAAUUGAGAGUGUUCCAGAAUUGAAAGCAUACUUGGGCGCAAGGUUUUCUCUCAAGGAUGGAAUGAAGCCUCAUGAGCUUGUGUUUUAAAAGAAAAAUUUAGGAUCGUUUCUCUUGAGCUACUUUUUAAUUGUAUUUUGUUUGAACUUUAUCUUAGCAGAUGCACUCUUCUAGUGUUUUUGGCAAUAGACAGCUACAUGAACCUCGUAUAAGGCAGCAAUUGAUUUUUGUUUCCCAUUUUUCA